CCUUGGCGCGACACUAGGUUCCUUCGGCUGUGGUGGUUGCUCAGUAGCUGCUCGGCGUGGAGGGUGUCGGUCCCCGUCUGAGUUAUGGAUUUUGAAAAUCUUUUCUCAAAACCCCCCAAUCCGGCCCUCGGUAAAAAACGUGUCGCCGACUCUGACGAAAGAAUUGAUGAAGUAGAUGGUACUGAAGUUGAAGAAACACAGACAGAGAAAGUAAAAUGGAAAGCAAAGCGGGACUGUGAACAAAUUCCCAAGAAAUUUAAGCACCUUGGAAACUCUACAGCAUCACCAAAGAGUUUGCCUCGUAGAAAAUCAAGAAGUAAGGACUAUGACCCAUACAGUGAUGGUGAGACCUGCAGUCAGGAAUCAGAAGAUAAUUUUGACAAAGAGCUUCAGCAAUACAUACAAGCCAAAGAAAUGGCAAACACUGCUCAACCAUCACUACUUCCUGAAGAAUCUGUGAAGAAAGAGGGAGCAGAAGGCACCCAGCAGACUGCCAAACAGAAAAAUAAAAAAAUUAAAGCUGGUCACAAGAAAGUUAAACAGAAGAAGAUGAAGCGAAAGUGUCCUGGCACUGGAAACAAAGGGUCGAAUGUCUUCCCAAAGAACACUGGCUCCCAAGAAAAGGCUGAUAAACCUGAAGAGAAGCAGCCACGUAUAAGGAUGAGUCAAGGCUUCAUCAAUCAGCACACAGUGGAACGUAAGGGGAAGCAAGUUUGCAAAUACUUUCUUGAAAGAAAAUGUAUUAAGGGAGACCAGUGUAAGUUUGAUCAUGAUGCAGAGAUAGAGAAGAAAAAAGAGAUGUGUAAGUAUUAUGUACAAGGGUAUUGCACCAAAGGAGAGAACUGCCUGUAUUUGCAUAAUGAAUACCCUUGCAAGUUUUAUCACACAGGAACAAAAUGUUAUCAGGGCGAUCACUGUAAUUUUUCUCAUGCCCCGCUGACUGCAGAAACACAAGAACUGUUGGCUAGAGUUUUGAAUACUGAAAAGAAGUCAUGUAAAUAGACUAAAAAGCUUGUGUAGAAGACAAAUCUACUCCUGGUCAAGACUUUUGAAGACUGGUGACUUGGAAUAGUUCGAAGGUUCCUCUGUUAACGCACCUUCCUGUGUGGUUGUGAUCCUGUGCACCUCCCAGAUCUAGCACUCAGGAGAAGGGUGACUGCACUGGGAAGCUCCGGCUACUGGGACACGAGAGGAGCACGUGCAUGCUGGCUUGUGGUGAAUGCUGCGCUGUGCUAGGUUGCAGAAGUCUCUCCCGAUUGAGAUUUCUGUACAGUUGUAGAAGCACAAAAGAGGCAGAGAGAGGGUCAAUGAGGAUGGCAGAGGAAUAGGAAGGAUGGCAGUAGACUUCCAGGGGACACGAGGUGAUACAAUAAGUUACAUCUCUACGUGUCAUUAAAUACUUUGCACAACGUUUUGAACAAUAAUUCAAAGUUCCACUUUGUGGUUUAGCAUAGAAUGUGGUUUUGUGGUCUUUUUAAAAAACAAUUUUCUGCUGGAUAUCUAUUUCUAAUUAUCCCUGUUACAAAUAAAGUGGGAUAAUAUCUCUUG